AUGUCACCGGGUUUCCAAAAGCCUGGAACACCUAGCUUUGCUUCAAGCCUUCGAGGUGAGCCGCCUCCUUACAAACCAAGCAGAGCUGGGAGACCUGCAGGCAAUCCCCCACCCAGUGCGUUCCAAAACAAGAAUUACAACAAAGCAUCCUUGGCUAGUAACGCCGGAAAUCACCUCCCAAGCACACCCAGCAACCUUGGCCCAUAUUCACAUGCCCAUACUAGGACGCAAAAGUCCGUGGUUGCAGAUACUCGUAUUCCCAAGAAAUCCUUCUUUGACGAUGACUCCGCGACCACAUCGCAAGCCACAUGUCAUGCCGAGCAGACGGUCACCGAAGGCGCGACGGUAAAUUCGAAGCCAAAAUCUGUAGACCCGCAAGGUGUUGUGGAAUCCAUGACAAAGCUCUCGGUUGAUUCUACUCAGAAGUCCGGAUCCGUGAUUAUUGGAAGAUGUUUGAAUUGGGAACGACCGAACUCCACGUCAAGCACCAACUCAAAGGUGAGCAAGUGCCUUCCAAGAUCCGAUCGGUCCUAUCUUAAGCCUGCCUCCAGCGAGUACUCGAUUUCAUACAAGCGAACACCGAACCAGCCUCCUAUGGAGCAAGCAGGAUUCCGUGAGUAUGCCCCAUUCCUCAAAUCGGAGUUCAAAAUAGGAACUAUUGUUCGAAGAAACGUCCACGAGCCCGACUACAUGGGACCAGCCGUGCAAGCCUUUGCGCCAGGUUCGCAAGCUUCGCAAACCUCGACAUUAGUCGGCAAAGGCGCCAGAGGCUCCAGAGAACACCGGUCCACCGGAGACUUCGGACCAAUCUAUUCCGAGGAUAGAUAUUUCAUUGUCGUGAGCUUGUGCAAGAUGACCUACUAUGCUAUCCCCUUGUACACGCACGAAAAGAAGGGUCUGGCAAACAUAGCUGAAAAGGAGGACUGGGUAUCCGUCCAGGAUCAUCGAAACCCCGACAGUUGCCGGCAACAAUCGGAGCAUCUGCCACUACGCACAACCAUCAUGGCCCCGGAGGCCAAGAUCUUGAACCCGGUAAGCGCUGCUUGGCUUCCUUAUGCGAUUCCAAUCCGAUACUCCGUUCCCGUGGCCUAUCAAGGUAGGUUAGACCAAGCAAGCGCAAAGCGAGUGAGAACUCUUUUUCUCGAGCACCUUGGUGGAGAAAAGUAG